CUGUCAGGAAGGAGCUCGCAGCAAGAGCUCCUUCCGUUCGGUGGGAAGGUGUUGGUUUCGCCUGACGAGCAGGCGCGCGGCGCAGAGACUUUCCAGGGUGCGGCGUUUCGGGAGCGACGCGGGGAAUCUCUCUUCGCCCGGCUGGGCGUGCGGAGCAAUUUCGGUGGCAUCGGAAGGCUACUCGGCCCUCAGGGUUUGGUCUCCCUUCCCUCGACCCUGGCUCUGCCUUCUAAGGCAGCAGCCCUCGUAGCGAUAGUCCUCCCUCUGCUUUUCCUUUCUCUGUUCCCUCAUUCCUUUUCGCCCCGAGCUGGUUUCUGGCCCCUGUUGUGGUUUUGGUUUUGGUGGGUGGCGGCCUAGCUGGGUGGUGGAUUGGGAAGCUAGCAUAAGGGUUGUUUGGUACACUGUUAAUCAAGGUUCUGUUUUUCACACCUGGUGUUACCAUUGUGUUUGUUUUGGCGUUUGGGUUUGGGUUGUUCCUGAUCAUUCUUAUAUAAAAAAAACAAAAAAGGAGAGCCAAGUGGGCAGGCUUCUGGGAUAGUGGUUAUUUUGCCUGCUGGUGGUUUAGUCUGGGUGCAUCAUGCCUAGAAAGGCAAAAGAAAAGAAGGGCGGGCGGCCCAUUAGACAACCCAAACGACCUGCCCCUCCUCCCCCGUCUUCUUCUGAGGACGAGGAGGAGGAGAUGAGUGUUAUUAGGGCCCUGAUUGGGCGGAUGGAGGCACUGGAAAACGCCAGGAAUGUUCCUUCGGACCCUGGGGCUGGCCCAUCUGGUGGUGGGGGUAUUCCUCCGCCCAAGGUCCCUCGCAGGACUCGCGAAGCGGCUAGGAGCCAAUUAUUGAAGUCUCUUUCUCGCAGGUUAGAGGCUCUUGAGAAGAGUGGGGCCCCUGCUGGGCCUGGCACUCCGUCUGAACCAUCUGGUCCAGUGAUGCCUUCGCCAGAUCCGCCUGGACCGCCGGCACCAACACAACCUCUGGAUCUGGUUCCUGCGCUGCCUGGACCCGUGUUACCUCAACCUGCUGUCCCAGCUGAGCAGCCUCCUCAGGAUUCGUCCCUCCCUUUGGCCCCGGAAUAAAGACAUGGAUCAAUGCUGGUAUCACGGGACCAUCACCCGUUCCAGAGCUGAGGACCUGCUCUCUAAAGUAGGCAAGGAUGGAAGCUUCUUGGUGCGGGCCAGUGAGUCUAUCCACUCAGCAUACGCCCUCUGUUUGCUGUAUCAAAACUGUGUGUAUACCUACAGGAUUCUGCCUAAAGAAAACAAGCUAGUUAUCCAGGCAUCUGAGGGUGUUCCUGUGCAGUAUUUCAACAACUUGAGUGAACUGAUAGAUUUUUACAAGAAGGGGAAUAUGGGGCUGGUCCGGAGCCUCAAAUUUCCAGUCCAGCGGGAAGAGGAAGAGGCACCAGAUGAGCUGGAGGAGGAUAUGGAACCUGUUCCUGUACCUGUACCACCAAUAUUACCUCCACGCUCUGUUUCAAUACCAGCUCCGAUGAGUGAGACAAAAGAAGAUGUUUCAGAUGAAAUUGCCAGUAUUACAGAACUGGCCCAACUAUCCCUUUCAGAGACAUUGCUCCAGAGAUUACAGCAUCAGGACACUAGCAGUAUUCCAGAAGAGCACCUCAAACUCAUCCAGGAUUAUCUACGGGUUCAUGUCAUCAGUGAUCUUGAAAUGGUACAGUUAGGGUCUGGGCACCUCCCUCAGCUGAAGAAAUUGAUGGCUGGGCUCUGCAAAGGAAUCUUCAGCGAGGUGUCUCGGACGCUUCCUUCUCUGGAUUCCAUACGGAAAGUGUUUGACCAGCAGCUGCCCCCUGGUAUCCAUAGACAUCCUCAGCCAUCUUGUGAAGUCACCCGUGCAAAACAGGCUUGCUUUUUGACCGUGCAGUUGACAGGCUUGCUUGCUUCCAUUGAAGAUAAGGUGAAAAAACUGUUGAUUGAAGGACCCGAGACAACUCAUCGACGUUCACUUAUCCCUCCUGUAACUUUUGAGGUAAAAGCAGACUCUCUUGGGAUUUCUUCCAAAAUACAUCUGAAAGUUGAUGUUGAGCUGGGAAAACUCAUUAUCAAGAAAGCUAAGGAUGGUCCUGAAGACAAGUUCUAUACUCACAACAAAAUUCGACAGCUCAUCAAGUCUCAGAAGUUCCCUAACAAGCUGGUGAUUGUUCUUGAGACAGAAAAAGAGAAAACACAGAGAAAAGAAUAUGUAUUUGCUGACUCCAAGAAGAGAGAAGGCUUCUGUCAGCUUCUACAGCAAAUGAAGAACAAGCAUUCUGAGCAACCAGAACCAGAUAUGAUCACCAUCUUUGUUGGGACCUGGAACAUGGGUGAUGCCCCUCCGCCAAAGAAGAUCAGCUCCUGGUUUCUCUCCAAAGGGCAGGGGAAGACACGAGAUGACACAGCUGACUACAUUCCACAUGACAUCUAUGUGAUUGGCACGCAGGAGGACUCCCUGGGAGAGAAAGAAUGGCAGGAGAUUCUAAGGCAAUCCUUGCAGGAGAUUACUAGUAUCAGCUUUAAAGUGAUAGCAAUUCAUACCCUCUGGAAUAUCAGGAUUGUCAUCCUAGCCAAACCAGAACAUGAGAACCGCAUAAGCCACCUCUGCAUUGACAAUGUGAAGACAGGAAUUGCAAACAGAUUGGGCAAUAAAGGAGCUGUUGGGGUAUCAUUCAUGUUUAAUGGAACUUCCUUUGGUUUUGUGAACAGCCAUUUGACUUCUGGCAGUGAAAAGAAGCACAGGAGAAACCAGAACUACACGAGUAUUCUGCGCUUUCUGUCAUUGGGAGACAAGAAGCUGAGUCCAUUUAACAUCACUCACCGCUUUACUCAUCUCUUCUGGCUGGGAGACCUGAACUAUCGCUUAGAGCUGCCCACAACGGAAGCAGAGAACAUAGUCCAGAAGAUCAAACAGCAGCAGUACCCAGAGCUGUUGGCUUUCGACCAGCUCCUUGUGGAGAGGAAGGAUCAAAAGGUCUUCCUGCAGUUUGAGGAGGAAGAAAUAUCUUUUGCCCCAACCUAUCGCUUUGAGAGGAACACACGGGAGAAUUAUGUCUAUACCAAGCAAAAAGCAACAGGAAUGAAAUACAAUUUGCCAUCCUGGUGUGAUCGAGUGCUCUGGAAAUCAUAUCCCCUGGUGCAUGUGGUGUGUCAGUCUUAUGGAUGUACCAGCGACAUUAUGACAAGUGACCACAGCCCUGUCUUUGCUACAUUUGAGGUUGCUGUCACUUCUCAGUUUGUCUCAAAGAAUGAUAAUAAAUACACAGGCUCUCUGGGACAGAUUCAGUUCCUGCACUGCAGUGCCACCCUCAAGACCAAGUCUCAAACAAAAUUCUACAUUGAGUUCUACUCCAGCUGCUUAGAAAGCUUUGUAAAGAGCCAGGAGGGAGAAAAUGAGGAAGGAAAUGAAGGGGAACUGGUGGUAAAGUUUGACGAAGCCCUUCCUAAGUUGACUCCAAUUAUUUCGGACCCAGAAUACCUCCUGGACCAACACAUUCUGAUCAGCAUUAAGUCAUCAGACAGUGAUGAAUCAUAUGGUGAAGGCUGCAUUGCCCUUCAAAGUGGAGCUACGGAAUCCCAAGUCCCCAUCUAUACUGUGUUAACACACCAUGGGGAGAAGACGGGUAUCUUCCAAGGUGACUUCAAGCUACAAACAUCCCAAGGAAAACAGAGAGAAAAACUGUAUGACUUUGUGAAGAUUGAACGGGAUGAGGCUUCUGGACAGAAACCAGUGAGGGGCUUGAGUGCUUUGGACAGUGCCAAAGAAUGGGAGCAGGGGAAUAGGGGCUCUUGUUCCACCAGGAAGUCUUCUCACUUGGUGGCCAAAGAAGCUGCAGCUAUUGCUCGCUAUCGAGGGACUACAUCAGCAUCUCAAGAUGAACCAAGCAAAGAUGAACUCUUACGUACAGUGGCCACAGACUUCAACAAUCCCAGCUAUUUGCGGUUGGCUGCUGCCUCUCAACAAUUCUCUGCAACAAGCCAAAUGAAGCAGAUCCCUUCACCAGACCAACCACCUCUCUUCUGGAAUUGUGACCCACAACCCAAAGACAGCACUUCUCUGAUGGGCCUGGAGUCUCCUACCACACCUUCCAGUCUGUCACCUGUGUCUCCAAGACCCAUUCAGUCUACAGCUAAUCGAAAUCCAGGUUCCAGGAAUCAGGACCAACACCUGUAUUCUGAGGUGAGGAAAAGCCUGGUGGAACCAUUGCUUCUAGAAGAUAUGUAUCCAAAGCCAGAGAUGAUUGACAACCCACUAUAUGAUUUCACCAAAACAAAGGAAAAGCCGGUACUUAAGAGAGAGCCAGAAUUCCUCAAGGCUUCACGAAAAGAACUCCCGGGUUUCCCUUUCACCAAGUCACAGGAGGCCGAGAGCAGCAAACCUUCUAACAAGCCACAAUCCUCACCACCUUUCCUAGUUCCUACACCCAGAUUUCGUUCUUACACCUGUUCCAACCAAGCUGAAGAAAAGACUGCACUGAAUGAAAAGAUGCAGAGCAAGCAGAAGCCCUGCGCUAACUUAGACCCCCUGCUGCCAGUAGUCAAAAGACCUGUCAAACUCUCAAGGUCUGAAGUCGGGCAGAGCAAACCUCCUCUUCCAUCGAAGAGUCAGGUGGUGCUUGAUAUGCAGAACUCCAAGGGGCGAGAUUAUCGUGAGAGUUCAGAACUUCCACACCACAGAAAGCACCAAAAUGAAGAUGGGACCAUCAGCAGGACAAUGGUGCCGUGAACAGAACAUCACAGAGGAGAUCUUUGGAAGAGUCUUGAAAGGAGUCAGCAUGGACAUUAUUUAAAAGUCCAUGUUAAUAUGCUCUGGCCUGGUGCACAAAGCCCUGAAUUCUUACAGUUUUCAAAAAGAGAAUCUCUCUAUAUUCUCAUACAUUUCCUGAGACAUAAUGCAAGACUGGUUUAGACCAACAUUAACUAAGAGACUAACAAAUGAUGAAGAGGUUUUCCAUUUAGACUUUCACAUUGCAGCUUUGGUAAUUCCUCCAAGAGCAAGGAGGUUGUGAACAUGUGUGUUACAAAAGGUACAAAUGCGGAAAUGGGAAAUAAUGCUGGCUGGCUGAAGCCGAAGAGUGCUCAGUACUCACAAACUGUCAUUGUAGGUUAUUACAUUUCAGGCCUGAGCCAGGGGGAUUCUUGCUCAGCAUGAACCAUCUAGAAAGUGGCACAGCUCCACAGCAUUUCCCCCCUCAGUGGCAGAGGAAGAAAGGAUGUGCAAAGAAUGCUCCAUUUUUGAGCAUGCAGUCUUGUAGAUUUGUUUUUCAACAUGAAUGGAGCAGGAAGAGCAGAAAUAUUCAGCUGUAAUUAAAACAUUUCCCUUGGACCACAGAUCCAUUGGUAAAUCAUCCUUGCUGGGGUUUUUCUCUCCUGACUAUUCCUUUGAAUGAUAAUAUUAAAAUGAAAGGGCUUCCUCUCAGGUACAGAAAUAUUCGUAGAUGUUAAAGUCAGAAGGGCCUCAUUGAUUUGGUGUAUCCACUUGUAUUUGAGAAAAUGUGUAUUUGUAAUUAGAGAAAAUGUGGAGGCUUGUUUAGUAUCUUCUGGUACAAAGGUGAAGUCAAUUAAAAUGUCCACUAGAAGUAAGUCAUUCUGACCCUUUUUAAAAGCAGUCUGUUUAUAAAGUUGAACGUCUUGUUGGUUGAUUUAGAAGCAUCCUUACUAGAUUCAUGCUGAUUUCUCAUGGUAUGUGUGUCAUCAGCUACAAUAUUAAGUUUAUUUUUAUUUUUGUAUCCAUCUGUGACUUGUAGGCACAGAUUUGUCAGUUGUGCAGGUUAUGAUGUCACUUUUGUUCCUUCUCCAUGUUUGUUGCUAAAAUUUUAAAGGUGAUAAAUCUUUAUCAAAAAUAUGAAAACAAA